AUGACUUCUCUUUCAAUUACUGCGUUGUUAGUUUUGUCAUGGCAAGUUAUUUCUUGUGUUUCUUUCACGUCUUUUAUAUUUGGCGAUUCCUUGGUUGAUGCAGGCAACAAUAAUUAUUUGUUUACCCUCUCCAAGGCCAACUCUCCUCCGUAUGGGAUAGACUUCAAGCCAUCCCACGGGCAACCCACCGGAAGAUUCACUAAUGGUCGUACCAUAUCUGAUAUUGUAGGUCAAGAACUUGGAGCUAAAUCUCUUCCACCUCCUUAUCUAGCACCAAACACUCAGGUUGAUGCAAUCAUCGGAGGAAUCAAUUACGCUUCUGGAGCAUCCGGAAUCUUGGAUGAAACAGGAUUUUUGUUUAUUGGAAGAGUUCCUCUAGGGCAACAAGUAAGCUACUUUGAGGAAAGUAGAAAUUACAUGGUGAAUGUGAUGGGGGAGAAUGAGACCAGAGAGUUCCUCAAGAAAGCAAUCUUCUCAAUAACCACAGGGUCUAAUGAUAUUUUAAACUACGUGCAGCCAAACAUACCCUUUUUGGAGGGUGACAAAGUUUCUUCUACUGAGUUACAGGAUUUUAUGGUUUCCAACCUCACUACACAGCUUAAGCGACUCCACGAGUUAGGAGCUAGAAAGUUCAUUGUGGUGGGUGUGGGGCCUCUUGGUUGCAUUCCAUUUGUUCGAGCACUAAAUCUACUGCCAAGGGGAAAAUGCUCAGUAACGGUGAAUGAAUUAAUCCAAGGCUACAACGAGAAAUUGCGUGACAUGCUCAAUAGAUUAAAUCAAGAAAUGGGACCUGAAUCUAUCUUCAUCUACGCAAAUUCUUAUGACAUUGUCCUAAGCAUCAUCCUUAAUUCUCGUAAAUACGGAUUUGAGAAUGGCGAUGAACCAUGCUGCGGGGGUUAUUUUCCACCAUUUGUCUGCUUCAAGGAAAAUAAUGCAGAGGCGAGCUCUAUUCUAUGUGAUGAUAGAUCUAAUUAUGUGUUUUGGGAUGCAUAUCACCCUACAGAAGCUGCUAAUCUUAUAAUUGCCAAAGAGUUGCUUGAUGGAGACAAAGGCAUCAGUUUUCCUAUCAAUAUACGGGAGCUCUACAACUAUAGUUUCUAG